AUGCGGCCGCCGGAGAUGUCAUAUAGUCCCGCCUAUCACCAAGGCCAGGACCGCCUCGGCGCUGCGGCUCGCAGUUCCAUCCUCCCCCCGCUCCCCAGUCGAUCUCUGGAACAUACCGAGCCGAGCCAUCCUGGGCCGCGCCCCUCCAUCGAUGGCACACCCCACGACGUGAGCCCUCGAUCCUCGGGCCCGCGGGGAUCCCUCACCCAGUCCCCGGAAGCUUCGCGGCGCGCCUCCCGAGUCGACGACGAUUCUUAUGUCACCCGUGUUGUGGUCUCUGGAGGGGUGAUACACAAAGGAGAGCGCUCUCGUGGCAGCUGGGCGGACCAGCCUUCAUUAAUGUCGGUCGACCACUCGGGCACUCCCCGCACACAGAAGCGAGGCGUUGCCAUUGAGGGACCUGUCGUGGACAGUCAGGAUGCGCUGCUCAUGCUUUUCCGACUCUCCGUCCCGGUCCCGAUAUACUCCCUCGGCGCUUGCCUCUACGCCUGCUGCGCCCUCAUAUUCGCCGUCCUAAUCUCACCUCUUCGACUGUGUCCGCCAACCCCAUACCUCCGCAAUACGUCUUUCCAAUCGCAGCUGUGUGACCUCCUCUCACCGGCCCUCCACAUCCACGAGCGUCUCGUGCGUAUGCGGCCCCCUACAUCAGAACGCUCGUCCUCCACUCAAUGGAUCCAUGCCGACCCAGAGACGGUUCACUCCUCAACGCAGGUCGACCCAACCCGAUACUACGCCGUUGGUGCAUCCAUCCUCGUUCUGACGAUCUCCCCCUUCUUCAGCAUCGCCAUCCUGCUGUUUGCCUGGACCGCCGCAUUUUUCUGGGUGUUCGCCAUGGUCAUGGGCAACCCGGACGGGACAGAGCGCAAAGAUGACGGCCGCGCUGCUGUUCUCGGCGUCUGCAAAUGGUGGCAUACAUGGCUCGGCAAGGCGCGGAAGUGGUCAUGA